AUGUUGACAACACAUCACUUGCCACAUUUGCAUCAUCAUCGUGGCAGCACAGCGGUGGAGUUGGAUAAGAUCACAAAUCUGAAUACGCUCAUUGUGGAAAUCAACAGCCAAGUGGCGCUCUUUCGUGAUAUGCUAAUACAUGUUGGCCAGACUAAAGACUGUCCCGAAUUGCGGGAGAAAAUUCGAAAAUUGCGAAGAACCUGCGUUGAAGCAUGCAAACACACAGGACAAAUAAUAAUGCCUCAGGUGAAAAGCGCUGUCAGCGAAGGUGUGCUCACUGAUAAUCCGCAUCUAGUGCUGCUAUUUUACUUGGCGCAGCGAUUUCUACACGAACUAAUAAAAAGUUAUCGCCUCAUACAGGUGGUGCCAAUGGACAUGUCCGGUUAUUACGAAAACCGCGCCGGACCCUCCAACCUCGGCAAUGUCAUCAGCCAAAUAUUGCUUUGCAAGCAAAUAACACCCGACUUCAAUCAGGAGGAAUUAUGCAGCAUUACAAAGGAUUCGCAGGAUAUAGCGGUGCUAUUGUCUGAGAUGCAAGAGUACAUGCCACAACAUGACACAUAUCUGGAGCGCAGUGCGGCGCUUGAAUCGGUGAAAAGCAAUCACAACUUCAUUUGCAGGAAUAUGAGUUUGUUGUGCUGCAUGUCACGUCCGAGAUAUCUCUGAGACGAAACCUAGGGAAUGGAG